UAUAGCCACCUCCUGCUCAUACCCAUCACCUUCCCCAUCCCACACGAGCUAAGCGCACACAGCAACUGCCACAGAUCCACGCCAGGAAGGACUCCAUCGGUGUCUCCGCCUCACCUCUCCGCGGCCCGUAGCAAGCAGAGCAGGGGAUGAAGCGCGUCGUGGGGAGCCCGGGGACAUGGAGCGGCAUGGCGCUGCGGCUGUCGCAGUGCGUCUUCGCCGCCGCCUCCGUCUUCUCGUUGGUCUCCGGCUUCGGCUACUCCAACUACGGCGCCUUCUUUUACUUGAUUCUAGCGUUGAUCCUGCAGCUUAUGUGGAGUUCGCGCCUUGCUUAUAAGGAUAUCUUUUCUCUAAGGAAUAAAAAGGAUCUUCACACCCGGGAUAAUCUAUUGUUCAUUGUUACAGUUGACUGGGUCGUGGCGAUUUUCAUGUUCUCCGGAUCCUGUGCCUCCGCAAGCCCGACAAUUUUAUUCCUGUGGGAUGUGAACUUAUGCAACGCAUAUUCGCGGCUGGCCUGCCGGCAGUUCGCGCUUUCGGUCGUCCUGGCGUUCAUCACAUGGCUGCUGCAAGCUGCAUCUUCUUUCUCGGGGUUCUGGCUACUGAUUUCGUUCUUCUAGUGAUUCACGUGCUCAUCAUAAUUCGCAGCGUAAAGGUUUUCAGGCCCUGCAAAAUCUUAAACCAAUAGAAGGUGUACUAGAUUUAUCUGAAAGCAUAUUGCCAAAAUCCAACAGCUAGCUCUUUCAUGUGUUCAGUUCAUCACCAGUCUAAAAAGUAACACGGAUUUUUAGAGCACAGG